GGCCCUGCCCCGCCCCGCCCGGCCCUGUCCGGCCCCUUCUCCCGGCCCGGCCGCUUCUCCCGGCUCUGCCCCGCCCGGCCAUGGCGCUGCUGCGGGCGGCCGCGCUGCCCGCUGAGGGCUGCCCGGCCUGGCUGCCCACGCACGUCCAGGUGACGGUGGUGCGGGCCCGCGGGCUGCGCUGCAAGGGCGGCGGCAAAGGCAAAGCGGGCGGCAGCGACGCGUACACCGUGAUCCAGCUGGGCCGCGAGAAGUACAGCACCUCGGUGGCCGAGAAGAGCGGCGGCAGCCCCGAGUGGAGGGAGGAAUGCGCCUUCGAGCUGCCCCCCGAGCCCGGGGCCUGCGCCGAGCUGGUGCUCACCGUGAUGCACCGGGCGCUCGUGGGCAUGGACCGCUUCCUGGGCCAGGCCCUGGUGCCGCUGGAGCCCGCCCGGCUGCGCGGCCGCGAGCCCGACGAGCGGUGGCACAAGCUGCACUCCAAGGCUGGGAAGAAGGAGAAGGAGCGAGGUGAGAUCCUGGUGAGCAUCCAGUUCACGCGGAACAGCCUGACCGCCAGCAUGUUCGACCUGUCCGUGAAGGACAAGGCGCGCUCGCCCUUCGGGAAGCUGAAGGACAAGGUGACGGGCAAGAAGAAGUACGACCUGGAGUCGGCCUCUGCCAUCAUCCCCAGCAGCAUGGGGGCCCUGGACGUGGAGGACGACUUGGAGCUCGGGGGCAAGAGGUCCAAACUCAAGGGCUUCUUCCUGAAGAACAAGCUGCGCAAGUCGUCCCUGACGCAGUCCAGCACGUCCCUGGGCUCCGACAGCACCGUCUCCUCUGCCAGCCUCAGCCUGGCGGCCAACGUGCCCGAGGUGACCAAAUCCCCCAGCAGACACGGCAGCCUGUCCGCCGAGCGCUCUGCGAAGGAGCCGCCGGCCUCGCCGAAGCUGAGCCACAAGAGAGCGUUCAGCGACGACGCGUCCCAGCCGAGCGCCGGGCCGGAGCCCCCGCAGAGCCCCCAGGCCGGGCAGAGCCCCCAGGGGAGGAAGGAGCCCCCCUCCCGCUCGUCCCUGUGCAUCAACGGCAGCCACGUGUACGGGGAGGAGGCAGCCCCCCUGCACCCACCCACCUCUGCCCCCCUGCCCGUGCCCCGCAGGCACGACGAGCCUUUCGCCUUCGCCCCCCUGCACCCCGAGCCCCACGAGCUGCCCUGGGGGCUGGGCAGCCUGGACAGGGCUCAGCAGAGGGACGAGCCCAGGUUCAUCCCGUCCCCCCCGAGCCUGGCCCUGCAGGAAGAGCUCAAGGUGUCCACCAAGGCCGUGACCCUCAGCAACCACCUGGGCAGGGCCAGGAUGGAGGAGAGCAGCCGCCUGGAGGGCAAAGCCAGCCCGGCUCCCCCGGGCGUCCCCGCCGAGCCAGCCAAGGACAGAGCGCCCGAGGACACCAGGAAGGAGGACAAGAAAGCCAAGGGAGGCUUCUUCCACCACGGGGGCAAAGGCCAGGGGGACAGAGGGACCCCCGUCCACGCCUCGGCCGCGGGGGAUGAGAGGAGUAAGAGCGGCGGCUGGUUUGGCUCCAAGGAGCCCAAAGAGUCCCCUCAGAAACCCAGUUUCCCGCCCGGGCCGCGUGCUGCACCAGAGGUCGCUGGGAGCUUUUAUUCCUCUGAGGAUUGCAGUCCCUCUGCCUCCCCAAGGCAGACAGACCCCGAGAGGGAGUCUCCAGCCCAGAGCGUUGGUGUCCCCGUGCCAGAAACCACUCCCCCAGCACCGGGAGAGCUCCCUCCUGCCGACACCGACCCCGCCGUCCCCCCGCUGCCCUCGGAGUGGGACGAUACCUUCGAUGCCUUUGCCACCAGCAGGCUCAAACCAGAGCGGAAGAAGGAGAACUUCUUUGCCUCGGUGGCAGCAGAGGGCAUGGCUUUCAUCGAUGACCCCGACAGAGCCAGCCCGACGGAGAGCUCAGCGGGGCCGCCCUGCCAGAAGGGCUCCAAAGUGUUCGAAAAGGCCCCUGAAAUCCCUGCAGCUCUCCGCUCCUGGACAAAUUUCUCCACUUUAGACGUGGGGGCCAACCUGGUGAGCACCACGCAGGAGGCCACGGUGAUCGAGGACGUGCUGAGCCCCGUGUCCGCGGGGUCCACGGCCAGGAGGAGGAAAAGCAGCACGCCCACGGCCUGGACAGCCGCGUUUGCCUCGGGCAACCCCGGGGACAGAGAGGCCUCAACAGCACCGAGCACUGAAAGUAGCGCUAGGGAGGAAGGGGACAGCGGCGAGGAGGAGCCCCGCAGCACGGGGACAAACGGCUGGAUGACCAUAGCCACGGAAACCGCCGCUGAGCCCUCGGGGAGCGCCGGGGAGCGCGCGGCUCCCCAGGGCCCCUUCGGCCCGCGCCCGCCCUUCCUGGCCGAGGGCACCUUCGAAGCCCAGAGCUCGUCCCGUGCCACCGGCUGUGUGCUCCCCAGGAGCUCCUUCCCCCCGGAGCCGGCCCCCGAGGCCCUGCCCGGCGGCACCGUGGCGGCCGUGCCCCCGCGGGUGCUGGGGGACGUGGCGGGGCCAAGGUUCCCCGAGGCGGGCGCGGAGCCCGGGGACGGCCGGGAGGGCGCCUUGGACAUCCGCGGCUCGGUGUUCCGGCUGCAGGCCAGCAUGCGCCUGGAGGCCAGCGACGGCCUCCUGAAGUUCAGCUCCGACAUCCGCGAGAGGCGCGUGGUGCUGGCCCCGUGGGCAGCGCCCCAGGGCCGCCAGGAGCCGCUGCCCGUGCCGCCCCCCAAACCCCCCAGGCGCUUCGCAGCCGCGGGCGCCGGCGAGGAGGAGGAGGAGGAGGCUGGUGGCACGCAAGGCAAACGGGAGCAAUGGGAAGACUCAGAGGGCCCGAGAGCAGAGAUGGAAUUGGGAGGGAGCCGCGGGAGCAGCGAGCCCUCCGUGCCAGCGCCUCCCAGCCUGCCCACACCCGGAGCGGACGCCGCUGAAGCCGGGAGCGAGUUCCCAGCAUCUGAGGGUGCCAGGGCUGCUGCUGUGGACUCAGCAGCUGGCUUGGGGACAGGGGACACCUCCGUGGGGGAACACUCGACAGAUGUGGCCGAGCAGUUUGAGACUUGCACAUCCAAGUUCUCCCUGGAUGGACUGGACCAGUCGGGUGCUGAGGAGAGCUGGAGCCAGCCCCGUUUAUCUCCUCAGGGGGCCACAGACAGUGCCAAGUGGGAAACGGCCUCCAAGCAGGAGCUGUUCCCUGAGGAGCUCAGUAUUUCAGGACUAAACCCACCUUCCAAGCUAGACCUGGGCCAGCCGACCAGCUGGGCAGCUCUGGAAGAGCAGGAGGCAGCUGGGCAUCCACACCCGCAGCCCCAAAGCCCCCACCCCGUGAAGCCCCUGAGUGCUGUGCAGGAGGGCUCCAGCGAGAGGAAGCAGCAGCAGCACAGGGCCAGCCUGAGCUCGGCGCUGAGCAAUGGCCUGGAGAGGCUGAAGACAGUGACCACGAGCAGCGUGCAGCCCCUGGCCCCCUCCCAGCCGGACAAAACCGAGCCCAAGUUAAAGCAGGAGCCUGCCCAGCUGGACCAGUCAGCCAAGUAUUACCACCUGACCCACGACGAGCUGAUCCAGCUGCUGCUGCAGAGGGAGGGCGAGCUGAGCAAGAAGGAGGAGCACAUCCAGGAGCUGGAGAACUACAUUGACCAGCUGCUGGUGCGCAUCAUGGAGCAGUCCCCCACGCUGCUGCAGAUCCCCCUGGGCGGGGGCCAGGCCCCGUGAGCCUGCCCGGGGCAGCAGCACCCAGCAGAGCUGUGCCCCCCUAACACGCUGCCAACGCCCCCCACCCCCUCCUCUCACCCGAGGCCUCCAGGGGCUUCUGUUCCCAGAGUCAGCAGGAAGGGUUACCUGCUCCUUGCCAGCCCAAGCUUAGCCCAGCUCGGCUCCAGGGAGCUGUAGGGUGGUGGGCUGCCAGCACCCUAUGGGGAGGAGCAGAGUCAUCGCUGUGACCGAGUGCCAUCCCCCGGGCACUCCUCCUGCCAGAGCUUUAAGUGACCCCUGGACAUCUGAGAGCUGGAAACCAUCUCCUCAUGACUUCAUCCUGCUGCUGCUCCUCUGCACACACUCCUCCUCUCCCUCUGUCCCCUGAGGGUGGUGUCCCCUGCCUGCUGGGUGCUGUUGGGUGACACUGGGGACACUGAGACCCAGUGAGGCUCCCCCAGCACGUUCCUGACCAGAGCCUGUGGGACGCCCCUUCCCCUCCUGCCCCAGUUACCCCCAGUGAAGGGUGAAGAGCCAACUCCAGUUUGUGCCACUCCCUCACCACGCUUGUGGGAGAUGCUCCACAAAGGGACAGCACCAGGCCUGGGCUGGUGUCAGAGCCUGGCUGGGCCACGCUGGCUCUGUCACAGCACCAGUGCCAGGGUGACACUGCCUGGACUGGGAAUAUGGCAAAGGGAACGUGGGCUGGUGUCCCAGGAGUGCUGCAGGAGCUCCUCUGCACACCCCCACCCAGCAGGGGCUGCUGUGCCCUGGAGGGACCGAGGAGUGCAGAAUCCACACUGAAUUUCAACUCAGUAUUCCAAGGAAUGCCUGCUCACAGCUGCACCGCCCUGCCUGUGCCUCAUCUGUCCAGCACAGCCAGAAAAUGCCCCAGAGCAAGGCCUGGGGGGUCUGACCCCUCUGCAGGCCCCUGUGGGGUCAGGCACCCCAAACCCUCCUGGCACAGCCCAGAAUUCCCAAAUCCUGGCAGGGCAGUGCCCAGCCUGCUCCCCUGAUGGCAUCCACACGCUGGGACCAGCUCUCCAGGGCAGUGCCCAGCCUCAGGGACAGCUCUGUCCACUGCUGACCCCUGAGUGGCCUCCCAAAGAUGUAGCAGCUUGAGACCACAACUCUUUUCUUUGUUCCAAUUGUAAACUUGUCUGUUGCAAUUUUCAUCAAAUUCAGUAUAUCGUU